CACUGGUCCUAGUUAAUGCACCAAUCACUAUACUGAUGAUUUGACGCUAACAUGGUUUUUUUUUCCUUUCUCUUUCUUUUUCUUUUUCAAAGCAUCAAGUCUCCCCUCUCGAUCACUUCCAAAUUUCUAAUAUCAUGAAAGUCUAUCUUCCACCAACCCCACUCUUUCUUUCUCGUGUUCCAUGUCUUCCAGAAAGCACCCAUCUCUGUCUUCAGUUCCACAGACGCCGGGGACGGAUGGUUAUCAGGGUUACACCUUCAAAGACAAAGACAAAGACACCCAUGUCGCGAGUGUCGUGAAACCCCACUUCAAAUACGGUCUCUAUCUCUUUUUCUUUCUCACCAUCUGGUUUCUUCUGCUUUUCUUCUGGUUUUCCUCCACAAAACCGGCCGUUUCUCCUCACAUUAUUCAGAAUUCGAAUAGUCAUGUGCAAAAUCCGCCGGCGGAGAAGGUGCAAGUGAAACUGGAGGAGAAAGUGCAGGUGAAACCGGCGGAGAAGGCGCAGGGGAAACAGGCGGAGAAGGGGCAGGUGAAGCGGGUGGAGAAAGCCCAGGUGAAGCCGGCGGAGAAAGAGUCGGUGUUGGUGUACGUCUAUGAACUGCCGCCGAAGUUCAACAUUGGUCUCCUCAAGGAGUGCCGCCGCCUGAAUGUGUACACGGAUAUGUGUCCACACGUGGCGAACUGUGGACUUGGGCAGCCGAUUUUGGAGAUGGGGUCGAGCUGGUUCGCGACCCACCAGUUCAUCGCGGAGAUGAUAUUUCACGCGCGGAUGGAGAACCAUCCAUGUCGCACGCGCGAUCCGGAGAAGGCGGACUUGUUCUACGUGCCAUUUUACGGAGGACUCCACGCAUCGAGCAAGUUUCGGGAGAGUAACGUGGCGGCGCGUGAUGCUUUGGCGGUGGAACUGGUGGAGUAUAUCCACCGACAGCGGUGGUGGCGGCGGAAUCACGGUGCGGACCACUUCUUGGCGCUGGGGAGGACGGCGUGGGACUUCAUGAGAACCGACGGUGGCACUGACUUUGGAGCAAACCGUCUCCUGAAUCUGCCACCUGUCAAAAACAUGUCGGUGUUGACCGUGGAAAGACACCCAUGGGAAGGCUCGAACCAGUACGGCAUCCCCUAUCCCUCCUACUUCCACCCCUCCACGUCCGACGAGAUCCUGACGUGGCAGAACCGUAUGCGGCUGCAGCGCCGACUCCACCUCUUCUCUUUUAUCGGGGCUCCGAGGAAUGGCGUGGAGAAGGCGGCGAUCAGGGACGAGAUCAUAAAACAGUGCGCCGAGUCAACACGGUGCCACCUCCUGAAAUGCGGCAGCGGAGCGAGUCAAUGCCACGAGCCAACUCAGGUGCUCAACGUCAUGACCCAGUCGGAGUUCUGCAUCCAAGCCCCCGGCGACUCGUUCACGCGACGAUCCACCUUCGACUCAUUUCUCGCCGGUUGUAUCCCGGUCUUUGUCUCACCCCACACAGCGUAUUCUCAGUACUCAUGGUUUCUCCCCGCCGACCACACCACCUACUCCGUCUUCAUCGGAAACGAGAACCCCAGCAUAGAAGCUGAACUUCUGAAGAUUCCAAACGAUCAAAUACAGAAAAUGAGAAACAGAGUCAUAAAUUUGAUUCCAAAUCUCACGUAUAUUCACCCAAACAGUAGUGAUUUCGGUUUCACCGACGCCGUCGAUGUUGCACUGGGGAAAUUGUCCGAUUACGUGAAGUCCAAGUUACGAGGACAUGGCGUGACGGUCCAUUGAGAUUUUUUCCAAUGAAUUAGUUAAUGUUUGCACAUGACUCUCAUCAUUGAAAAAUAAUUAAGGGUGCGUUUGGAAGUUAGGUUGAAAGCACCUUCAUACAAAAAAUAUGUGUACUUGAUAAAUGAUAAUUACUUUGUUUAAACAUUA